UUUGAACGUUGAGACGUCUUAAAAUCUCAUUGAAAGAGUUUAUGAUUUGUAUUCUUCUUUCGAAUAUCCUUCAAGUUCAAGUUCGUAACUCAUAUGAAGAAUCCCGAUGAAGAAGUGAUCACUUUAGCCUGUAAUAUUUUCGCUCAGGAAAUACUCGUGCAUCGGACAAAGGUGGUUGUGCCGAAGCACACAUAUCUUCGUGUAAUUGCCAAAGUAACGUAGGAUGCCUGGAUGGUGGUGCUUGCGGUGGUAUGCAGCCCGUCGGGACCGCCGCGACGGGCGCGUGCCCUGGACCGUGCCAGUGCCUCGAGGAGGAAAUCUGGAACAGUAAUGUGCCACCUAAACCGAAUUGCCGAUGGUUGAAUAACUUUGCCGAGCUGCGCCGUCAAUGGAGCGACCACGGUCGCCAGCAGGCGUGCAAGUGCUGCUACGGCUGCAGCCGAUGCGAGCCUCGUUUUGUAACUGUCAUCAGAUUUUUCUACCUUCGACAGAAAUGCUGUGGGAGCCGUCGUUUAGCGGGUGGGGCAAGCAAAUCGGAAAUGGCACCGAUAGAUAAAUCGUCAUCAUCCAACCCUCGGAAACGGGAAACGGGCGGUGGUUGCCCACCACCAAGCUGUACCUACCCAUCGACCCGCUAUAAUUCCGCUAACGCAGAUUGCUCGUCGAUCGCUUCGUCUUCUUCUUGCUGCUCAUCGCCAUGCAGACAUCCUCGCCAAGCUUCGUCGCACUGGGCACCCGAUUGUCAGCAUCCCUAUGUCUUGAAAUCAAUCUUGAAAAAGCGCAGCUGCUACCAGUGUAACACGAAUCAGUACUGCAUGUGUCAACCGAUGCCACGUGGCUGUAACUGCCCGCCGCCGAUUCAAGUGGACGCACGCGCCGCUCACGAGUGCUCCUGCGAAUGUCCGUCCAGUCCAGAAUGCGCGUGUCCACCUAGCGAACGAAGAUUCCCAAAAGAGACGAUCAAAUGUCCCAACGCAUGCCUCUGCUGUCCCUUUCCUCGAUUAUCACCCGGUCCCACAGCCCGGUGUCACAGCCCGUAUUGUCAAUCGUGUCUGCCGCCACCCUGCGGUCCAUGCCUGUCCGCCAAAUGUCGACGACCAGUCCCACCUAAGGAUCUCUGCCAAUCUAACUCGCCGUGUCCAUCCUGCUCAUCUUGUCGGCCGGUUUCGACCGCAUUCCCCUGUCGUCCUCCGACAUCUUGCAGAAAACUGACCUUCUGCACUGAGCGCAGUGACCGGCCUUCCUCGCCUUGUACAGGUCAGUUUUGGAGUGGAAUCAAUGUCGAUAAAAGAUCGGAAAAUAGCGUUUAUAAUGAACAAGUAACAAUGAGAGAGAGGAGACACGCGAUAAGGAAGAAUCGCCGUUGCACAACGGACUACACUGGAUCUGAUGAUAAAUUUGAAUGUAAUGAGAAAUGUCGUGAUUUAGUACUGAACGAGAGCUCAGUACAAAAUUCAUCAUCAAAGACGUUUAUUAAUUUGUCGGAGACCAGGACCAAAGUGACACGUGGUAUGGUGCAUCCAGUAGGUGUCAGCUGUACGUCGGAGGAAACAUCAAGUGAAUAUGCGCAAAUGCAGGAAGAGAAGGACGCAAGUGCAUGCUACGAUGUGUUUUCUAAUCUCGGUGACAUCGGCUAUUCGACUCUUGUGCCAAGCCCGCUGGCGCUAAUAUCCUUUGUUCUCCUGAUUCUUGUUGCCAUUACCUGGUCCUCCAGUUCAACCUUUUACCAUCGUUACGCGUUACGCAAGAAAAUCUGCUGGAAAUAG